AUGGCAAGAAAAUCCAGCCCAACCAAUUGGAAUUUUCCUUUUAGGAGAGUGCUUUUCACUUGGGAAUUGGAAGAAGAAGCUAAUUUACUUGGUCUACUAUCUUCAGCUCCCUCUUUGGCAAUUGACAAGGCUGAUCAUCUUAUCUGGGCUUCUGCAUCUACAAGUCCUAGUGUAUUUACUGUGUCCUCUCUCUACUCUGCUUCUAACUCUACUCUAGGGCUUCAUUUUAAAAUUUGUAGGCAUAUUUGGAAUGGGGCUGUCCCUCCUAAGGUUUCAUUUUUUAGUUGGCUGGCCUGGAAAAACAAAAUCAAGACAGCAGUGUUUAUGCACAGAAUUGGCAUUUUAGAUGUUUCUGCUUCCUUCAUCUGCCCAUUUUGUUGUUUUGAACCUGAAUUUGCUGCCCACAUCUUGCUUCAUUGCCCAUUCUCUUGGUUGAUUUGGUCGUCUAUAAUUAAUGAGUGGCGGUUCUCUUGGUGCAUUCAAGGUUCCGUAGAUGAUCUCCUCCAAUGGUGGAUGGCUGUUAAGUUCAAGAAUUUUGAUAGGCUAAUUUGGAGAGCCAUCCCCCUUAUUGUUCUUUGGUCGCUUUGGAAACUUAGGAAUGAAUGUGUCUUUGCAGAGGCUCAACCUAGUCUCUUUGGCUUGAGUGAAAAUAUCAAAAUCAGAACAGCACUUUGGCUGAAAGCAUCUAUUAAAGACCUUCCUUAUUCAGUUGAUGAUUUAACUUUCAAUUGGCGUCAAAUCAGAGGAUGUUCUUAA